CUCCCGCCGUGCUCGGCAGGGCAGGGCAGGGCGCUGCUGGGCCAGCGCUGCGGCGGAGGGGCGGCCCGGCCCGGCCCCACGGGCGGGCGGAUAGACAGACAGACAGACGAUAGACGCGCACGCACAGCCUGACGAACGGAGCAACCGCCGGACAGCCCCAUGGCUCUGGAUUUAUAAACACGGCGCAGAUGGCGGGGCCGGGCCCCCGCGCCCAGCGCUGCCCCGCCGGCCGCUGAAGCGGGAGGCAAGGAGGGGACGGCGGCGGCGGUCGGCGGCGAUGGGGGGCGGCAGCUGCCGGCGGGAUUAGUUGUUGGGUGACGUGGAAGGCUCACACAGGAUGAAGAGUUGCUCCCGGCUCUCCUAACCCGUUGUCGGUGAUUCGAGGCAGCGAGUGCCACACCUGCUGGCUCGCCAUGUCUGGAUCGACGCAGCCCGUGACGCAGAGCUGGCGCGCCGCCGAGCCGCGCUACCCGCCGCACGCCAUGUCCUAUCCGGUUCAGAUUGCUCGACCACAUGCGGCCACACCAACAGACUCUGAGCUCCACCAACAAGGAGGAAAAGGGAAAACAGACAGUUCCUGGGACAUGAGGAGCCUUUUUUCUCUCAAGGGCACAGCCUUGGAGCCUCCCAGAUGGGACGUUGCACUGUUGGAGUACCAGCAUCAUUCCAGGGAUUUCGCUUCCCACCUCCCGCCAGGGUCAAUCAUGCAGCCGCAGCGGCGCAGGCCAUCCCUGCUCUCCGAGUUCCAGCCAGGCAAUGAAAGGUCUCAGGAGCUGCACCUGAGAACCGAGGCUCAUUCCUAUCUCUCUGACCUGACCAAGCCAUCGGACUUGGAGUUCAUUGAAAGCAAGAGGCCACGCCUGGAUCUACUGCAGGACCCCCUAAUGCGGCACUCUCCUCUUCUGAACCAGAGCCAGCAGGGAGGGACAGAGGAUCUCUCCAAGGACCGUGGCCUGCCUGGCAAACUGGAGCCUGUGUCGCCUGUGAGCCCUGCUCACCCCGAUGCUGAGCUGGACCUGCUGCCAGCCAGGCUGUCCAAGGAGGAGCUCAUUCAGAACAUGGACCGCGUGGACCGCGAGAUCACCAUGGUGGAGCAGCAGAUCUCCAAACUGAAGAAGAAGCAGCAACAGUUGGAGGAAGAAGCAGCCAAACCACCAGAGCCUGAAAAACCCAUCUCCCCGCCUCCUAUUGAGUCCAAACAUCGCAGCUUGGUGCAGAUCAUCUACGACGAGAACAGGAAGAAGGCAGAGGCUGCCCACCGGAUCCUGGAAGGACUGGGGCCUCAGGUGGAGCUGCCAUUAUACAACCAGCCUUCAGACACCAGGCAAUACCAUGAAAACAUUAAAAUAAACCAGGCAAUGCGGAAGAAGUUGAUUUUGUACUUCAAGAGGAGAAAUCAUGCUCGCAAACAGUGGGAACAGAAGUUUUGCCAGCGCUAUGACCAGCUGAUGGAGGCCUGGGAGAAGAAAGUGGAACGCAUUGAAAACAACCCCCGACGGCGUGCCAAGGAGAGCAAAGUGCGGGAGUACUAUGAGAAGCAAUUCCCGGAGAUCCGGAAGCAGCGGGAACUGCAAGAGCGCAUGCAGAGGUUAGAGGAGAAGCGCAGGGUAGGACAGAGGGGCAGUGGUGGGCUCUCCAUGUCGGCCGCACGCAGCGAGCACGAGGUGUCGGAAAUCAUCGAUGGGCUCUCGGAGCAAGAGAACCUGGAGAAGCAGAUGCGCCAGCUCGCCGUCAUCCCGCCUAUGCUCUACGAUGCCGACCAGCAGCGCAUUAAAUUCAUCAACAUGAACGGCCUCAUGGAUGACCCCAUGAAGGUCUACAAGGAUCGGCAGGUGAUGAACAUGUGGAGUGAACAGGAGAAGGAGACCUUCCGGGAGAAGUUCAUGCAGCACCCAAAGAACUUUGGCCUGAUCGCAUCUUUUCUGGACAGGAAGACGGUGGCAGACUGUGUCCUCUAUUACUACCUGACCAAGAAGAAUGAGAACUACAAAAACCUUGUGCGGAGGAAUUACCGCCGGCGCGGGAAGAGCCAGCAGCAGCAGCAAAUGCCCCGGAGCAGCCAAGAAGAGAAAGAUGAAAAGGAGAAAGAAAAGGAGAAGGAGGGAGAGAAGGAAGAAGACAAGCAGGAAACAGAAAAUGACAAGGAAGAACUGACAAAGGACAAGAACGAUGACACCUCUGGGGAAGACAACGAUGAGAAAGAGGCUGUCACCUCCAAAGGUCGCAAAACAGCCAACAGCCAGGGCAGGCGCAAGGGCCGCAUCACCCGCUCCAUGGCCAAUGAAGCCAACAAUGAGGAGGCGGCCACCCCGCAGCAGAGCGCCGAGCUGGCAUCUCUAGAGAUGAAUGAAAGCUCUCGCUGGACCGAAGAGGAGAUGGAGACAGCUAAAAAAGGUCUCCUUGAGCAUGGGCGGAACUGGUCAGCCAUUGCCAGGAUGGUGGGCUCCAAGACUGUGUCACAGUGCAAAAACUUCUACUUCAACUACAAGAAGAGGCAGAACCUGGACGAGAUCCUACAGCAGCACAAACUGAAAAUGGAGAAAGAAAGGAAUGCCAAGAGGAAGAAGAAAAAAGGUGCCGCCGUUCAAAAUGAAGAAGCCACCUUCCCUCCUGCAGCCGAGGAUGAGGAGAUGGAGGUGUCAGGGACGAGCGGCAACGAGGAGGAGAUGGCUGAGGAGGCAGAAGCUGCAGUAAAUAACAGCUCUGACACAGAGAGCAUUCCCUCGCCAAGGCCCGAAGCCAAAGAAGGAGGCGAAAACGGGGCCAAGGCACCACCCGGGCCGGGAGGUGACUCCGGCACAGAACCAGCAGUCAAGUUGGAAGAGGCUCCAGUACCCACUGACGCUCCCACCGCUCCCCCUGCCAACCCGGCUCCUGCUGCCAGCCCUCCGCCGGAGGCAGCUCCUGAGCCACCCAGCAGUGAGGAGAAGGUGCAGGAGGACUUAGUGGUGGACGUGGUGAAGACGGAGGAGCCGGAGGAGAAGGUGAGCGAAGAGCCCGGCAAGAGUGAGGUGAAGAAAGAGGAGAGCGAAGACAGCCAGGAGAAGGACAAGGGGAAUGACAAGAAGGCAGAAAGCGGCGUCAGUGGUGGAGGGACAGCGGGGACGGAGGGGACGCCCAAGGCCGAGAAGAAGGAGAGCCAUAAAGGCAGUAGAGGCCCCGGGGUGAACCCUGACAGUGACUCCAGUGCGACCUGCAGUGCAGAUGAGAUGGAUGAGCAGGACGCUGUGGACAAGAGCAGGUUGCUGUCCCCCCGACCCAGCCUGCUCAACACCACCAGUGACACCAGGCUGAACUCCUCACCGCAGAAGCCGCUGGACCUGAAGCAGCUGAAGCAGCGUGCUGCUGCCAUCCCUCCCAUUAUUUCCGAAGGUUUCUCGGAGGGGAUCUUGCAGAGUGGAAGCACAAAGCCUCAGGUGCCUCCCCACGCCUUGGCCCUCUACCAGCAGCAGAUCACAAAAGCCCACGAGUCUGCCCGCGAGGACAUGGCCCCGAGCAAGCUCUCGCAGUCCCAGCAGCCACAGGCUGAGAAGGAGCAGCAGCAGCAGCCAAGCAGCAGUCCCAGGGGGAAGAGCAGGAGCCCUGCUGUUGGUGACAAGGAAGAAAAGGCUGUGCACUUCUCACCCAUCGCAGAGGCUCAGAAGCUGAGCGCAGAGCCGACGGCCACCUCCUGCUGGCCCCCUGUCCUGUCCUACCCACGGGAUGUGAUCAAAACCUCUCCCCAGGCAGAGCCCCACUUGUUUCAGUACAACCCAUCAGGACACCCCAUCCCUCUAAACCUGCAUGACAGCUCUCGCUCGGGGCUGCAGAGACUGGCGAGCAUCUCCAACCCUCCCCCCCUCAUCUCCUCCACCAAGCACCCCUCUGUGCUGGAGAGACCUGUUGGAUCCAUCUCCCAGGGUAUGCCUAUCCAGCUCCACACGCCCUACAGCUCCGAGCAUGCCAAGGUCCCCGUCGGCUCCAUCACCAUGGGCUUGCCACUGACCAUGGAUCCCAAGAAACUGGUGCCUUUUCCUGGAGUAAAGCAGGAACAACUAUCUCCUAGAAGCCAGGCCAGCCAGCCAGAAAGUCUGGUUCUGCAGCCAUCCCAGGAGGGCUCCAUCCUGCGGGGUACUUCCCUCAGCUCUGCCUCAGGAGGGAGCAUCACCAAAGGAACACCCACGUCCAGACCGCCUCCGGAGUCAUCCAUCACCUACCGGGGGUCCAUCACACAUGGCACCCCGGCAGAAGUGCUGUACAAAGGAACCAUUACCAGGAUAAUCGGAGAAGACAGCCCCAGCAGAGCAGACAAGGCGAGAGAGGAUGCCAUGCCCAAAGGACAUGUCAUCUACGAAGGGAAGAAAGGCCACGUGCUGUCCUACGAGGGCGGAGUUGCUGCUUCUCAGUGUCCAAAAGAAGACAGCAGGAGCUCAGGAGCUUCACAUGAGACCACAGGAACCAAGAGGACCUACGAUAUGAUGGAGGGGAGGAUCACCCGAGGCUUAUCAGCCCGUGAUACUUUAUCUGCCAGCAUUGAAGGUCUCAUGGGUCGAGCGAUCCCUCCAGACCGACACAGUCCCCAUAACCUAAAGGAGCAGCAUCACAUGCGAGGCUCAAUUACACAAGGAAUACCUCGGUCCUACGUGGAGGCCCAUGAGGACUACCUCAGAAGAGAAGCCAAACAGCUCAAGAGGGAAAACACUCCACCAAGGGACUUAUCUGAUGCCUACAAGGUCAGGUCUCACGAGGGCCUUACUCCUCUGAAAAUGAAAACAGCCCACGAAGGCCUGGUGGCCACAGUGAAAGAAGCAGGAAGAUCAAUCCAUGAGAUUCCCCGUGAGGAGCUGAGGCGAACACCAGACAUCUCUCUGGCAAGACCUCUGAAGGAAGGCUCCAUCACACAGGGUACUCCACUGAAGUACGACAGCAGCUCUUCCUCCUCAAGUACCAAAAAGCAUGACGUGAGGUCCAUCAUUGGCAGCCCUGGCAGGACUUUUCACUCUGUGCACUCACUGGAUGUCAUCCAAGACCCGAGGAAUCUGGAGAGAGCUUACGAAGAGAGCCUGAAAAACAGGCCAAGCCCAGUCACAAACUCGGGUGGCUCCAUCGCCAGAGGGGCUCCUGUGAUUGUUCCCGAGCCAGGCAAACCCCACCAAAGUGCCCUCGCCUAUGAGGACCACCAAGCAGGGCACAGCACAGCCUUCAGCAGCCACUUGCAUAGAGGGUCUCCAGUCUCUACACGAGAGUCUACACCACGGCAGCACGAAGGGAGUAUCACUGCUGGGAAGCCAGUGUCCCAGGACAGAAAGAUUACCCCCACGUCGAGGGAGCUCACCAACUCCAAGUCUCCACAUGCCCCCGUGGCUGACCACCACCACCCCAUCUCCCCGUACGAGCACCUGCUCCGCGGCGUGGGUGGGGUUGACCUGUACCGAGGACACAUCCCGCUGGCUUUUGACCCUGCUGCUAUCCCGAGGGGAAUCCAACUGGAAGCAGCUGCUGCUGCUUACUACCUGCCAAGGCAUCUGGCUCCAAGCCCGACCUACCCCCACCUCUACCCCCCAUACCUCAUCCGGGGCUACCCGGACACAGCUGCCAUGGAGAACCGACAGACCAUCAUCAAUGACUACAUCACAUCCCAGCAGAUGCACCACAACGCCGCAGCCACAGCCAUGGCGCAGCGGGCGGACAUGCUGCGCGGCUUGUCACCCCGGGAGCCCUCCCUCGCCCUCAACUACGCAGGCAUCAUUGACCUGUCUCAAGUGCCACACCUACCCGUCCUUGUGCCCCCAACCCCUGGCACCUCUGCCACCACCAUGGACCGCAUCACCUACAUCCCUGGCCCGCCCCAGACCUUUGGCAGCCGGCACAGCAGCUCCCCACUCUCCCCAGGAGGCCCCACACACAUGAGCAAACAGUCAGGUUCAUCGGUGUCUGAGCGGGAACGGGAACGAGAGCGAGAACGGGAGAGGGAGCGGGAAAAAUCCAUCCUAGCAUCCACCACAGUGGAGCAUGCACCCAUCUGGAGACCAGGUACAGAGCAGUCCAGCAGCCGUUCAUCCUCACACUCUCACAGCCACCAGCACUCUCCUGUCUCACCCCGCACCCAUGAGACCAUCCAGCAGCGCCCCAGUGUGCUCCACAACACAAGCAUGAAGAUCAUCUCCUCAGAGACCCCUACCCCUUCCGUCCUGCGAUCCUCCUCCACCACUACCACAUCACCAAUCCGCUCCACUGCCUUCCCCUCAGCCUCCACCCUGCGCUCCUCCAUCAGCACAGCAGACAGCUACACAGCCCCGUUGGACCCUGCCAUCUUGCAGAAGGAGGCCUCAAGAGCACGAGAAGCCAAGGCAGAACGAUCCCAGACUGACAACAACGUCUUCACCUCAAAGCUGCCCAGUGGGGCCAACCUUGAACAGUCGCCUUCACCCAUUAAAGCCAUGGAGUCAAGACCUUUACCUGCCUCUGGACCUGGUUCUUCUCAUCACUAUAGCAGAGGACAGGGGAAAAGCCAGCAGCACCAUCACCCUCUGGACCAGCCACAUGCAGCCGCGGGUCCCGAGCAGCACAGCAGAGAAAAGAGUCAAAGUAAACCCUUCUCAAUGCAGGAACAGGAGCUCCGGGCACUUGGCUUUCACGGAGGCUACAGCCCUGAGCAGAUGGAAGCAGUGAGCCCUGUGAGCUCACCCAGCCUGUCCCAUGAGAAGGGGGCCAAGCUGCUGCAGGAUGCGGAGAAGGGACAUGGGGAGCAUGACCUGAGGCAGAAACAGCAAGGCUCACUAAAGGCCUCAGCUCCUGAAGCAGCCCACCUGCAGCACCUCCGGCAGCCAGAUGGCCCCCAGUGCCAGCCCCUGCAGUCCAGCCAGAGCAUCAAGGGGAUGAACCAGCGAGUGGUCACGCUGGCCCAGCACAUCAGCGAGGUGAUCACACAGGACUACACACGCCAUCACCCGCAGCAGCUCAACUCCCACAUCCAGAGCCCAGUGUAUUCCUUCCCUGGGGCUGCGUGCCCUGUGCUGGACCUGCGCCGCACCCCCAGCGAGGCCUAUCUGCAGCAACAAGACCAUGCAGCAGCCUCCAGGAUCUCCCCACAGAAUGAAGGUGGCAAAAGGUCCCCAGAGCAGAGCAAAGCCUCGGCCGGCAGCGGGUCGGACAACUGCAUCGAGCCGGUCUCGCCACCAGACGGCGUAGCAGAGUCGGAGCACGCCAAGAGCGCCGCGUACCCGAUCCUGUACCGCGAGGGCGAGCAGCUAGACCAGAGGAUGGGGUCCAAGUCCCCAGGAAACAACACUCAGCCUCCAGCUUUCUUCAGCAAGCUGACUGAGAGCAACUCUGCCAUGGUGAAGUCCAAGAAACAGGAGAUCAUCAAGAAGCUCAGCACAACCAACAAAAAUGAGACUGAGUACAAUGUUGGGCAGCCUGGGACAGAGAUUUUCAAUAUGCCGGCGAUUACUGGAGCAGGGCUAAUCAGUUGUAGGAGCCAGUCGGUCCAAGAGAAUUCCAGUACCAACAUGGGGUUGGAGGCAAUAAUUAGGAAAGCCCUAAUGGGUAAAUAUGACGAGCAGUGGGAAGAGCGCUCACCUCUCAGUGCCAAUGCUUUUAACUCUCUGAAUGCCAGUGCAAGCCUGCCCGCUGCUAUGCCCAUAACUCCUGCUGAUGGACGAAACGAGGACGUGCGCUCCUUGCCAGGAGGAGGGGGGAAGCCAAAGAUCGCUGCCAGGCCCAACAGCCGCAAGGCCAAGUCCCCGGCGCCAGGCCUGUCCUCGGGCGAGCGGCCACCCUCCGUCUCCUCGGUGCACUCGGAGGGGGACUGCAACCGGAGGACGCCCCUCACCAACCGCGUCUGGGAGGACAGGCCGUCGUCUGCAGGUUCGACGCCGUUCCCCUACAACCCCCUCACCAUGCGGCUACCCAGCGGGGUGGUGACUGCAGCCCCUGCUGCCCCCCUGCCACAGGGGACCCCUGGCAGCCAGCACCACGCCUGGGAUGAGGAGCCCAAGCCUCUGCUGUGCUCCCAGUACGAAACCCUUUCGGACAGUGAAUGAAGCAAGCCAGGGGCAGGGAGACGGCGACCAAACCCAGGGCACGGGGAGCGAGUGACAUGCUCGGGGUGAGCGCCCGCCCACCACCCCGGCCCCGCCGGCUCUCAUGAGCGAAGAUGCAGGAGCAGAGCUGGUUUAUUUUUUCCUUUUCCUUUCUUUUUUUCCCUUCCCCUCCCAACCAGCCAGUUUGGGGGGAUGGGUUAUUUUUUUUCCUUUUUCAGUUGGUCUAUUUGUUUUUCCUUUCUCAACAUCUGGAAAUUUCUGCAUCCUCUUCGGUCUGAAGAAAAGAAAAGAAAAAAGCCUUAACAAGACAAAAUCCAAGGAACCCAUCUUCGAUCUUGGCAGCCUGGCAGGGUGAUGACCCCCGUGCUCGAGAGGGACUGUGAGCAGCCACACGCCCAAGGCGCACCCAGCCCGGGGCCGCGCACACUCGGACGCUCCAUCAGCGCGCUCCUGCAGAGUCGAGUGAGGGGCCCUGGGAUGCUCCCCUGCAUCCCAGCCGUGGGGCUGUGCCACAGGAGUGCAAAACCUUGAGCGGGUUUGAGAAAAGCAAAACCAGAAGAAUUCAGUGGUGAAAGAGGAUGGACCUGCCCCGGUUUGGUUCCCCACAGCUGAUGGAAAGGGCUGGUUGCCCUUCAUGCCGAUGCCUCAGUUCUGGAGCAAUCUCAGCAGGCUUUGAAGGUGUCUGGGACAAGUGGGCAGGGGAGAGGGAGCAAAGAGCUAUUUCUUAUAAAAAAAACUAAAAAACAAACAAAAAAAACCCCCUCCUGAUCCCUUCGGUGGAAGCGAUCCUAGGCUGAAAUCGGAGCGGGCAGGGAUGUGUCCGGGCUGGUUCGCGCACUGCCCGCGGAGGGGCUCGGUUGCUUUAAGUGCAUUGUUUUCUGAAUGGAGAGAAACGGCAAUUGUAAAUUGUAUUGGUCUACAGGGUAUAUUUUUGAUACCUUCAGUGAAUUAAUGUCAAUAUUUUACGCAAGGAAGGACUCAAACAAACCACAGUGUUACAUGCUGUAAAAGCGGUUCCGUUCUUACCGCGCGGGCUUCGAUGCGUUUGUCCGUUGUAGGGAAGGGUGUCCAAACAAAGCGAGGUGACGAGGAUCCAGCGGAGUUGUCUGUAGGUCAGGCGAAUGUAUGAACUUAGCUUGAAAACAAACAAACAAAACCAACAAAAUCUUGCCAUGGUUGCAGGCCCCCCCCCUACCUUUACCCUCCCCGUGACACACACCUUUGCUGACUCAGCAGGAAUCGUUCGGUGGUUGAUUCUCCAGAGCCCUCGGAGCUGGCCGGGCACAGCGGGCAGGAGGCCACGUGGCAGGGAGCUCACAGGAAACUUUAAACGGGAAAGAAAACAGAGAGAGAGAGAAAGAAACCAAAAGUUUGUAUUGUAUUUUUGUGCUACACACGAAUGCUCCACUUUGCAUUAUUUUUUUUUCAUUCCAUGACGUCAGCUCAUAUCUGCAGUUACAUCGUUCAAAGAACAAAGAUAUUAGGGACUUUUUUUUUUUUUUUUUCAUUCACUUCUGCUUUCUGGCUCUGGGGGGGGGAGGAUGGGGAAAAACCAACAACAGAGAUAAAAAAAAAUAACCAAAAAAAAAAAAAAAAAAAGAAAAAAAAAGAAAGAAAAAAAAAGAAGUAUUAAGUGCUUUGCAUUCUAUACGCUAGAGGAACCCAGAGCACGGCACAAGAGACUCUGCUGCCUCCCAGCUGCUCCCAGCGGGCAGCCAGCUCCCGGCAGCCCCUCGCAUCCGACGCGCGGUCCAGCGGCGAGGCCAGCGCCGGCACUUUCCCCGCGGAGCUUUCCUUUUCCCCCCUGCAACGUUCCCAGGUUGAUUGUGAUUUCAAAGCAAAGAGAAUGACGGUGUUUGUUGGUUGGGGGCGGGGGUUGGGUUUAUGGGUUUGGUUUUGGGUUGAUUUUUUUUUUCCCCUUUGUGUUGGGAUUUUGUUGUUACUGUUGUUGGGGUUUUUUUUUGGGGGGGGUGUUUUGUUUUUUUUACAGUGUACAGGUUUUUAAUGUCCAUCGAUGUUUGUGUCUUUUCUGUUGUGCUUUUUUUUUUUUUUUUGGCCUUUUUUUUAAUUAUUAUUAUUAAGAGAAAAGAAAAAAAACAAACAACAAAACACUGAGACAAUGCACAAGCACUGUGGAAGUCUUUCCGUUCCCAGGUUACUGCUGCUGGUGUCUCCGUGGCUCUGAGAUGUAAAAAGCACCAGAGCUGCUCUCUGGGCUGAAGGCUAUUAAAGUGUUGCAGAUUUUGCUGGGGAGAAGAAAAAAAAAAGCAGUCCAGGUCUGGCCCCUCUUCAAAGCUGCCUCCUUACCCUAUUCGGAACAAAAGAGCGAAAAAAAGUAAACCCACAACAAAGAAUAAAGUUCCCACUUGGCACAGUAGCAAUACUGUGUGCUGCUUUGGUGUCUCCAGAUGUCCAGGAAGGUGCUGGUGGAAGGUGGCUGUGGUGGUCACAGCCCUGUCGAGCAGCAUCGCAGACCCUGCACCCAGAUGCUGUCGCCAUGCAGGGACCCUGUUGUGGGCUGAGAUGUGGGGAGAGGGUGGAGAGAAGCCCCUCAGCUGAGCUGCUGCUCGUGGGGGCUGCACCAGGCCUUGGCUUUCGCUGUGGCUCGCUCUUGCUGGUGGCACCCACAGUAUGCUGGGGAUGGAGAUGCUGAGCCGGCAUUGGGGUUCCUCACCACGUGAGCAUCCUGUGCUGAUCCCAUGUGCUGCGUGCAGAUGGGUGUCAGGACAUGGGGAAAGGCCAUGGGCUCCAUCUGGGAGAUGUGCAGCCAUGUUCUCAUCAGCCUGACUGGAGCAUGGUUGGAUUGUCCUCCCUGUUAAAGGCCACACAGCAGCACCCACACCACAGCCAAUGCCUGAAGCCAUGGCCUGGAGGGUGGCAACCCCAUAAAAGUGUUUCUCUUUUCCUCUUGUUUCCACCAGGUCUUCAGUGUGUGCAGUGUGUGGGGUAAAGCUGGUAGGGCUGUCCAGGAGCCCACAGCAUGGCUGAUCCCUGGAGCUGUCCCGUGAGGGCGUCAGAAGAGAUUUCAGAUGUUUGUGAGGUUGUUCUAGUCCUUUCGGGGUUUAUGAUUUGCAGGAGGGGAAUGUUCUGCCAGACUGGGAGGACAUGGAGAUGCUGGGGAGACAUCAGUGACCCCUAGCUGCUGUGGAGCUCCAGCAGCCUCACAGCCCUGCUCAGGGAGACCCUUUGAUAUCUCUCGAAUGGGGAAUAGGACACAUCACUGAUGUCUCUGCCUCUGUGCAAGAACUUGGGCCCCAGCUGUGCCUCGUGUCCCAGUCAUACCAGGACAGCCUGCCCUGGGAGGAGAGCAGCUCAGGGGGCUGAGGCUGGCCAUGGCAGGGGCAGGUGGGGUUUGCUCCAGCAGGAUCCUACUGUGCCAUGGCACAGCUUGGUUUUGGUGCUUUCUUUCUUGCUGGAUCUCCAUCCUCCGUCUCCCUGUGCCACAUCCCUGCACAGACCCUCCUGUCCCCUCAGUGCAUCCCCACAGCAGUGGGAACAGUGACAAGACAUAGUGGGGACACGCAGGGCAGCAGCAACUCCUGUUGGGGAGCUUUGCACCACCUUUGCCAGAACAGGGGGCAUCGUCCUUUUGCAGAGUAAUUAACUUGGGUCAAAUCAAUGAGGUGGCAGCAGGAGACUCACAGCUGCUCAGUGGAGAUGUCCAUGGGGGCUGCUGCAGGAUGAUGUUUCCCUGUCCCAAGUUCCCCUUCUCAAGCCCAGGCUGAGGGGAGCAUGUUCUUGAGAGAGAAAGAAAGGGUUGCUGCUCCUGCAAGUCAUGGUGCUCCCCAUGUUCUAUCCUGCUCUGGCCCUGGUGGGACGGAAGCAUCCCUGAGCACCGCAAAACCUCGUGGCAGAGUCCUUGGCACCUCCUUAUGCUGUGGUUGUACAACCAGGAGAAAGUCAUGUGAAACUAUUGAAAAAAACCCACCCCAAGUUUUAAGUUGACGUUCACCAAUUUUGUAACUUGUACAAAGAGGCAAAUUACAGGACAAUUUAUGGCUUGAACUGUACCAAGGGGGAGAUUAUCUUUCAUACACCAACCUGUGCAUAGCUGGUUUGGAGUGAGCUGUGUAGUAGUGGGGGCUGUACAGAGAAACCACCAGGUGUAAAUAUUUCCACAGCUUGCUCGAGUUGGGGGGGGGUUAUCUGCUCAAGUUGAAGGGGUUUGUUCGCUGUUACUUUGCUCGGCGUGCCCACCAGCAGGCGGUGUGGGUAGCAGUGUCCCAACACUGCCUUACUGGUUAAACAAUAAAAAAGAAGCAAACCAACCAA